GAAACAAUGGGAGGACUUGUGAGAAGCAUUUUCUUUAGAAACAAAUCAUUUGGUGCUCAUGACUACAACAACAAUCUAAGUGCAAGAAGCAAUCAUCUAGGAGAGAAGAAAAGAUGGAGCUCGGUUAGAUCGUACCUUUGCGGAGAUGAGUUCAACUCUGUUCUCGCUGUUGAUGAUUCAGGAUCGAUGAAAGAUUCUGAUGCUCUUAUUACAACAAUGUCUCAGCGGCUGAGUUCAGAUUGCGGUAUGCCUUUUGGUUCGGUUAUCGCGAUUGAAGAUUCAGCUUCUGUGAAACAUUUGGAGGAUGAUGAUUUCGUCUCUGUUAAGAGCUCUGAGGCAACAGUGACUCAGCCUUUUGAGGAGGAGAAAUCAAAAGUACUGAGCCAUUAUGUUAAAGAAGAAGAUGUUGAUAACCAAAGUGAAGCAACAGAGACGCACAUACCUAAGAAGCAUCAGACUACUCCAAUCUCCAAGUUGUUCCUCGAAGAAGACGCUGCAGUCAUAAUUCAGUCAGCAUUCAGGAGCUACAUGGUUUGUUUUCCUCUUCAGUCUUGUUUUUUUUUGUUUUUUCUUCGUCUGUUAUGUUCCACUUCAAUGAUUCAUAGGAUAUGUUGUGUUCAGGCAAUACGUCGUAGCAAAGCAGAAGAAGAAGUGACAUUUGCUAAGGAGGAUAGCUUCUCAGGAGAGGAAUCUCAAGGCAAGGUAUCCAUGGGGACAUCACUAGAAGCUCAGACAUGUAAUUCUGUGAAAGCACCAUUAUUCACGAGUAAACGAGUAUCUGCAAAUCGAUCAAUACUACACAAUAACAAAGCUCAGGUUCUGAGGAUAAAGGAAGACUGGGAUGAUAGUACAGUGAGCAGCACAAUAUCGAAAUCGAGGAUUCAAAGCAGGAUAGAAGCAAUGACAAAACGGGAGAGAGCACUUGCAUAUGCAUUUUCACAGCAGCUAAGAAUUUGCUCAAAGAAGAAGCAAAUGGAUCGAAGCGAUGAAGAUGAUUCCAACAUUGGUUGGAGUUGGCUAGAACGCUGGAUGGCAACCCGUGUACCAGACAGCAUUCAAGUUGAACCCAGAACAACAAACAUUCAGACAGAAGUUGCGACAAGAAACCAAAGAUUGGUAAUAAAGAAUAGAUCCUUUGGUAUAUCUGGAGAGUUGGAGAGCUGUGCUUCCAACGAUAUACCUCUCCAAUUUGAAAGCAUAUCAGAGACACAAGAAGAGGAAACUAAAGAUUUCCAAACCAAAAAGAGCAGUCCUAAAGCGAGCAUAUCUAAGCGCAAAUCUAUUCCAAGCUACAAAAGCCCGAGAAGGCAUAACAGGCUUCAGGCAACCAAAAGUGAUCUGCAACAACAGACAAAGAAGGCUAAGAAGGCCAAGACCACAACCUCAAGCUGAAAAAUGAGAGAAGAAACCUCACAAAAGCUACUUAGCAGCAGCACCUGAGAUAAUCACAUGACCUGUAAAUCUUUGCAUUGAAAGAACUGUGUUUCACAAUAGUUUGUUCUUUCGAACAAAUCGAAUCUGAUAACAAGUUUCUGUAGAAUUAUUUGGGGAAUCAACCAGUAAGGGAUAAGAAACUGGAAAGCCGAGAAAUACAUAACAGAUAGUAUUUUAAAGAGUAAUGUAAUCACCAAAUCUUCAGUUUCUAAGAAGAUAUGUGUCUCAAAUUU